AUGCAGAUCAGAUCAACAUACUCUAAUCUUGAUGACUCCAAUCCCCAGCAAGAUUCUUGUAUCGUAUCAAACGAAGACUCGAGAAGCUAGUAAAGUAGCUCAAUGAGAGAGCCAAAGGUAAUUGUGGUCACAGACAAGCAUUCAAAGAAAACAAGGGUGUUAAUAUUUUAAUCGUACUCUGAAAAAGUUUGCAAAAAUUAAGAGAGAUUGUAGAGUUAGUGUCCAGCAUCACUUUUUUACAACUUGCUUAUCCUUUUAUUCCAGAAUAGUCCUAAGUGUUUUGAAAUUGAAUCAGAAUGCUACCAAAAACCCUAUUUGAUAGAUCCACUGACUAACUAGAGAGUAUCAUUCAAUCAAAUAAGGCAUAGAUACUACUAUAUUGUAGACUUUGAGGAUAAAUAAAACAUCAAUCAAGAAUCUUACGAGAAUAUGACAAUCAAUAACUCCUACAAUAACAGCUCCCACAUGACAUCAUAAGCAUCUUAGAAUACCACUAAAGACCUAAGAAUCCUGAGUCAAUAUACCCAGAAUAAGGAUAUAAAGUCUCAAAGGUAAAUUGAAGAUCACCUCAUUGAAAGGAAUAAGGAUAUUAGAGCAGCUAUUUAAUCUUCUUACCCAAGGUAUAUUCAAGUAGAAAAAUAUGAACAAUUCAUAGCAAAUCACAUAUCCUAAUCUCAAGAAUUUACAGACAAGCAGUUUAGCAUCUACGAGCAAGUCAUCAUGCAGUAGUGGUAGGAUUUGAAGAACAAUUUAAGAGUAUAUUAGAAUUAAUUGUACUCAGCAUCAGAGGAUUUAAUCAAUAGAAAUGCAUUCAUUCAGAAUAAGCUUAAUUUCAUCUCAGGCAUUGAUAUGGAAUUCUAAAACAUAUUAGAAGAAUUUAAACAAGCAGAGGAGUAAAUUCAAGAUUUAGAGCGGUAUCAAGAAGAUGAGCAAGAGACAUGCCUCUAAUCACUAUUAGAAGGUAAAGAUUCCUUCGUGCCUUCAUCAAUAAUUGAUGAGUUCUAGGAUUAUCUUAAAAAUGAGUAAAUUCUAAAGAAUCAGAUAAAAUCAAGAAAAGAUCAAUUAGAACAUUAGCAUAUUCAAACGAGGGCACAUUUGCUUAUAGAAAAGCCAGAAUAAAUUAAUUUUAGGAUACUUUCUCCUAAUAGAAACACUAGUGAAAGUCAUGAAACUCACAUUAACCUAGGCCUUUAGGUUGACAGUACCUCAUAGCUUGAUAAUGGAAGUUUAGAUUCUAGCCAAGUUAAGGAGUUUCUGGGAAUUGAUUCAGUCCAAAGUAGUCUAUAAAGCAUGUAAAGCCAGAUCGGCGAAUAUAAACAAGCUGUUGACACAUCAAUUAUUCAUGAUGGAGUCAGAUAAAGUUUUUCAUAUAGGUUUACUGACUUCUUGUAAAAUAGGCCAUCUAAUAAUUUGAAUCCAAUAUCAAGCUUUUUGUUUAGAGAUAAGUUGAGGUAAAUACAAUCAAGGACAAAUACUGUUGAUUCUCCAAAUUAAAGGAUUAAUGAUCGAAUGCCUUUUGAUUUUAAGACAACGAAGGGCAAUGAAAAUAUCAAGGAAUCGAUCGAAAUUGAAAUAGCUUAAGAUGAGAAAAAUACAAAGCUAAAGGACUUCGAGCAAAGACAGUUUUCACCAAGAGGUCUGAUUCAUUAAUAAAAAUAGCAAAUGGGGGUUGAAAGAAUAAAAGUCGCAGAGAGCUUUGAAUAAAAAAUGCAAUACCUGAUUGAUUAAAAGGAAACUCUAUUUUUAGUUCAUAAUAACUUUGAAAAGAGAUAGCUCUACAUUUAAAUACUAGAUUUAGAAGGAAAUAUGAAUUUAAGAUAUUUGCCAGGAAAUAAUGUUAUAAGAGAAAACCUUAGAAAUCUAGUGAAAUUAAACUAUGGGGAUUUUUAGGAAAAAGGGUUUGCAGAUUAAUUUUGUAAAAGAGAUGGGAGAAAAAAUUUGAUUUUAUCUUUAUCUUUUCAAGGAGUAGAGGUACCUAUGUUCCUAGAAUGCCUAAAUUCUAAAUAACUUAUAGACUGGUAUAAGGCUCUAAAAGUGGUAGUCCAGGAAAAGUUUAAUAAGCAUGCGAUUAUCUUGAAAGAAAACUUAUUCUUGAUUAGGCUAAAUAAGCUUUAAGUCAUUUGA